AUGACGGCGGCAAACUCGACGGCGGACCUGGUGAGGGGCGACGAUUCUAUCCACUGCGAGGCAGUUUGUCACGCCGAGGGCGCUCAUCACGAGGACUCGGACGAUGGUGAUGCUGCGGCGAGACAGGCACAGAGCCGGAGCAGAAUAGAAGCGGCAGCCAGGCGGUUCCUCAACGGAGACGUGCCCUUUCUCUUUUCUGCCUUGCUGUGCGGUCCCUUUGAUGGCACGUCUGGCUGGUCCAACCCCUGGCGGAGCAAGCAACCGACGUCCUUUGGCGGAUACGCCUCCAAAACGCACCGCUCGCUUCAGUCAGAAUACGAAACGCAGCCGGCUGAAAAUGGUGCCGAAGACGGUGUCGAGCGUCACUUUCCCAGCCCCGAGAGCCUUAAGCAGGUCGCCCUCGGCGAAGCACAUUCAUUGCCGCAAAAAUAUGGUAGGCCAGCCACGGUGCAACAAUGGCAGAAGACGGCGAAACCCUCGAGCUCGAGCCCGUCGCAUGAUGCUAUGUGGGAAACAUCCAUGACCCCGACAUCCGUCCCAGCGAGGAAGAGACGGGCAGGGGAUGCCGACUGGUUGAAACGGGCCACGGGCAAGAAGAGAAAGGUGGAUUCGGGCACUCGAAGUCUUUCCAAAUCACCCCUUUCUCGCCGAUGUUCAAACCCGCAACUAUUCCCCGUUGUCGGGCAAGCUGGUACAUUGCAGGACGGCUCGGCGGAGAACUCGGACGACCAAGACGAGCUCGUGGCAUCGACUCCACGCUCAUCGUUUGCGGCGUAUGAAAAUCGAGUAUUUUUCACCCCGAAACGCAGGUCUCCGCGGGGAGACGGGUGGAGGCCAUCCAAGCUGCAGGCCAAUGGAUCCGAGGACGAACUGAACAAGAAUCAGGCUGCAGCCGCGACGCUGUCAUCGCCCGUCUCUCAGCCUCGGCGGACCACCAGGAUGGAGGCGGGCAAACGAGACCGUUUUCCAUUUGGCGGGACCCAAACCUCGCCGAUUGGAUCAAGACAUCGCGCCAAGUUGGUCGCGAAUAAAGCUUCUGAUGAUGACAAGACAGAGAAGGCUGAAGACAGUGAUCCAACCUUGUGCCUCGAAAUGCGACAAACUCUCGACGACCAUGCCGAUGGAGAGGUAGCCGGCUUUGCUGAAGAGCCAUGGCCCGAAGAUGACGUGGACGCAACAGAUGGCUCCAUUCCCGCAACAGAGGAGAGAGAUUCGCCCGGCGCCGGACCUGUAUUGGCGGCGCCGUCGGAAACUGCAACGGAUUUGCAGAGCCAACAUGAUUCUACUCCCCCAACACCAGCCACGAAGGGACCGGGCGAAAUUGAAACCCACCAUGUUUCGACCUUUGCCCACAACUCGGAGAAAGCUGUGGUUGGCAUCGAGGGCGAUACGAGCACGGGAAUUUUGACGACGAAGCCCAACGACGAAUUCUCGCUCAGAAGAAUACUCCACCGUCUCGUUCCCUCAAGCCCCUGGGCUACGCCAUCACGGUUGACGGCAGGGACGACACCGAGUACCCAAGCCCUCGAUGGUAUGCCAGACGAUGCGGAGAACAGAAUCAGUUCAACGAGCAGUGCAUCCGACUGCUUGAAAGCACCGUCUGACCAAGUAGAAGCAACAACCCAGGUUGCUCCUCUCGAGAGAGCAGGUGACGCCGACGAACCAGAGGUCAAGGGUCAAGUGGCCCAAAAGAACCCGGCGCAACUGGAAGACCAUGGCGUCAUUGCUAGAGACGGGUCUCAAGACGGCUCCCCUGAGCCCGUUGUGGUGCCCAGCAUCUCGGCCGCGGCAGCAUCCGCAUGUGACGGAGAGGUGCGCAUCACGGAAUCGCAACAGAGCCCCUGGACAAAGAUGCCAAUGCAGCAUCUGCUGUUGGCACCGACCGCCUCCCAGAAGGUGGAUGCUGGUGACCCGGCGCAUGGCUCCUUACCGACUGAAGAUGAAUCCCACCUUCGGAUACCAUGCCAAACGCCGAGACCGUGGUCGAAUUGUGCCGACCUUGGUGCGGAGGCCGAGGACGCGGCCCCAACCCCCCUCAUCUCAACGCCUGUGCCAACAUCGCGGCUCACGACGGCACCAUCAACACUCGAGCCCCAAUUCGCAGUCCAGACAUUUGCCGCAUUCAUGUCAUCAUCACGAGGGCAUGGCGGUGGCGAGACGAGUCGACAACGAAAGCGUGGGACUGGUCAUCCUUCAGCUCUAAAGGGCCCGUGGAGCAAAUCAAGACCCAAUCAUCGAGUAUCCUGGGCACUGCCGGAUGACCGAGAGUGCAAAAUGGAAGGGCAAGGCGAGACGAAGCAGCAGUCGACGCCGCCGCCUAGAACGGUCCGUCCGUCUUCCCCGCCGCCCGAAACGGCCGUCAGGUUGCUGCCGACGACGGACGACGCCAAGUUCGGCAAACACUUUGCCGCCGUGGCUAGCCGAACAGAUGGCCUGCGACGGAGGCUCUUGUCGACAGCAUCGCAGCAAGUUCGGCAAAGCCCUGGGUUGCGAGCCAUGGCGGAGAGGUUCUUGGCGGCCGAUGAGGCGCACGACGAGACGGACCAUGCCGCGGGCGACGAGGACGAGGAGAUGGCACUGGAUCAGGAGCCUGCGGGCCGCGAACUCGAGGAACCAAGGGACGAGGUGGUGGAUAUUUUUGACGAAGUCGGUGACAUUCUGCAGACGUGGGAUGUCGACGCCGAGCUGGCUCAGGCACGAAAGGCAACGGCCGCCGCGCCUCGGACGGCGGCGAGUUUCCCAGCACAGACAAAGACGGCUUCGAUCAACCCGGCAGACGAGUCCCUCUGUCCCAUAUCCUUGAUCCCUUCUCAUUCCACGCACCUCGUACGAGAUCGAGACGCCAUGAUAGUCACGCGGGCCAUCUCUCUCACCAACUUCCUCGUCGCGAGCUCGGCCCUGGGCUUCCAGGUGUUUGUCCUCUACCCGUGGCACAAAGAGCUCGACGCCGGCUUCGAGGAGCUCAAGAAGGAACACAUGAAAGUGCUGGAAGCGGCACGGAGCGGUUUGACGGAGCAACAGCACCGGACAUUUUCCGACAAGCUACAGGGUUUGCAAUCCCAAAGCUCGAAGCGGUGGUGGUGGAUGUGA